AUGAAGAUUCUGGAGGAGCGGUGCGACACCAUUACAAAUAUGGAAGUGAUGCUCCUUCUAGUACAGCAACAACAACUGCUGCCGUCUGUCGAGUGUUUACUGCGACAGGCUAGCAAGCCAAGCUCAGUCAAUUCAGGUAGUUCAGCACCCACAACUGUCUCAAAUAUGGAGCCUCGGAAAUUCAAUGAUCGUGAGGACAGCGUCAGCUGGCAGACUGAUCACUCGGUCGAACGUUUCAGUUUAGAUCAAGUUAAAGAACUGCUUUACCAACAUAUGUUCAACCAGAUGGUGCAGGACUACAUUCGGAAGACAUGCCCUUAUCUACACCUCGUGCGCGCACCAACGGAUGCGCGUAACCUCGCAGAUCGAUCAAGAAGCCAUACAGCAGGAGUUAGAGUCCCGCCAAAGCGGGCACCAAGUGCUCAAGUUGUCAACAGAAGAGCCAGUGGAACUGGCGCCACUCGAACUGGGGGGGUGUCACCGCUAAUCAGUCGGCGCUGUCGCGAGUGCCUCGACGUCCUCUUCCAUCGUUUUGGCCUCACAGAAUUGGAGCUGCUCACCAUCCUGAAUCUCGGCGCCUUCAAGCCAGUCGAGAUAUACAUGUAUCUAGACGACUGUUCAAGCAGAUUCACAGAGGAGGAGGCAGCAGAGAUGCUUGGGCUGAUUGACCUGGCUCUGGUGCAGCAGCAACCGCUUCCACCACUGGCUGAAUGUGCAUCAGAUGCACCAGCCUCCAUGGAUGUUGAUUCGCAAGCAGGAACAAAGAAACCAGCACUGGCUUCACGUGGUCCUGGGGAACUGCACGAGGAGCAGCCAGAAAUGCAGGAUGAAGUCACGGGGUCGGAGACACGGCAGAAACAAGCCCAGCAAGAGGCCGAGCACUCCACCGGUCUGCGGGUUGACGCCGAAUCCGAAGAAACACACAGGAACGCACCAGACGGGGAUCAGGAACAGCCCCGUGCAACCGUCACCGAUAAGCACUGUUCGGAAUCAGAGAGUCUGUUUGCACCUGCAGAGGACAUGUUAACGACUGCUGCGCGCAAUGCAGGUUGUGCAGAAACCGCUGCAAAUGAAGCGAAGCCUCGUGGCAGGGCUGUGCGCGGUGCAGCCAAACGCCGCCCUGUGAGCAGACGGCGGCGCAUUCUUGACGACUAG